AAUAUUGAGGACGAUGAUAUCAGUAUUCAUACUCAAGAUGACCGAGGAUACGCGGCUGCAGAGAAGGUACUUAGAAGAAAGGCCACCAUUGAAGCAUGCCACAGAAUCGUCGAACCCGCUGAGUCGGACUUUGAGCAAAUAGGUUCUCAGUUUCUACCCACAGCCCCUCGCCCAACAGGUCUAUCUGCAGUCACUGCAAUGGCACGAGAUGUAUCCAUGUCGCUGGAGUACUACGCCGGAAUAUUCCAGGGACCGCAAUGGUUACCAGUCAAUCAGCUAUACAGAAUCGUUACUGAAUAUUCUGUUGUCGAAGCAUUGAAGGAAUGCGUUACAGAUGUGAAACUUUCUGAAAGCGAACUUGAGAAAUAUUCGAAAGCUGUCUGCCCUACCAACAGCCUCCACGGGGGCGUUGGUUCUCGAAGCAUGUUUGCCAUCCUCGCGGUCUUGAGAAAGGUUAAUGAAAUUCGACAAUUCAUUGACCUCGGGCUCUCUGAUAAUGACCUGCCAUUUAGGGCAGACCCAAUUCAUUCUAGACCGGAUGGCCAACUAUUUCCAAAAAAUCAUACUGUCGAUCAUCAAAAUCUGGGACAAACGUUCGGACGCAAUUGGGAUCUCAAAGACUGGGCCGCGUUCUCAAAAUAUCAAACGGCGAUGCGAUCACCGUUUUUUACGAUUGAUCUCAGCGAGAGGGACAGGAUUAUUCCUCAUUAUGAAUUGGAUGCCGAGACAGUGCUUCCCUUCAUUGAGCCAGCAGGCAUCGAAGAAGUCUCUCUUCAGUUGGGUACAUGUGUUGAGGAGAAUCCAUAUUUUGCAGUCAAAGAACUUCUUCCCGAAUAUGGCGACCGACAAAGCAAUGAGAUCAACUUCCGCGAAGAGGUGCGAGCUUUGGCCAAGACUGUUGGUUUAUCAAGCCAUGACCAUGUCAUUAAACUCCUCGCAACUUGGAGAAGAGGUGACAAGUGGAGUAUGCUCUUCCCCUGGGCUAAGAGCAAUCUCAAAAACUACUGGAAUCAAAAUCCUCCCCAGAGAUCCCCGGGUUUUGUUCAAUGGAUAUUAUCCCAAUGUCGAGGCCUUGCAGAAGGUCUUCAGAAGAUUCAUAGAAGUCCAUCAGAGCACGCCAAAGACUUCGGCAUUCAUGGAGACAUAAAACCUGAGAACAUUCUUCUUUUCGACAGCAAGUCAAAAGCCUAUGGCAUUCUAGUCAUCAGCGACUUUGGCUAUACUCGUUUCCACGGCAGAAGUACUCGGUCAAACACCCUGAUAGUAGGUACAAGCCCAACCUACAAAGCACCAGAGGCCGACCUUGGAAAGACUAUUGCAAGGUCAUACGAUAUGUGGUCAUUUGGUUGUGUGUUACUAGAGUUCAUUACCUGGUAUUUAAGAGGGCCGGCAGGUAUUCGAGAUUUCAUCGACCGCCGGAAUGAGGACGAUGAGAGACUGAUACCUGGUUGCUCUUUGGACAAAUUCUUCAAUAUCAAAAGAGAAGAUGGUUUGAAAGACAAGCCAGAAGUCAAAGGCUCAGUACUGAGCGUAAAGCUCCUACAACCUGACCCGAAGAGUCGAGGAAAGUGCGAUAAGGUAGCCGAGAGUCUUAGGAGAUUGGAACAAAGUUGCAGGUCCGGAAGCCUCGAGUUUCUCACGGAUCGAAGUGCCGGAAUACCGAGUAUGCUGUCUACACCAGUCACACCAUUGUCUAAUGAUUCAUGGGAUGAUUUGGUGAAUGAUGGUCUUCGUGAGCCUACAGUCUCUGCAGCAUAUGAAUCUGGUCACAGUGACACCUGGGCCUCAGGUAGUGAUCGCGAAUCAACCGACAUGAUUCAUCGAUCCAGGGACAGAUCUGACACGACAAUCUCCAAGAUCGAUUCUGGUCUCGGAAUUGGCGAAGGAAGUUUCCGCCAGUCAAGGUUAAGUGGUCAUAUAGAGGAAGAGCCCACAGAGAGAACACCACUGGUGACAACCAUUCCGGCAUCAUAUCGAUCAAGCAAUUUGUACAGCAAUCCAGGUUUUGAAGGACUAGGUCCAUAUUGUGAUCAAAGGGACCAAGAUAUAGACACAGAGGAUUCAGUCAAAACUUCAAAAGGGCCUUGUCAAACACAGCAAAUGAAGCCAAGUUCUGGUACGCUGAGCGAAGUUGAGACUGAGAGUGGCUCUCGUUGGCAGGGACUAAAACAGAUAUUGCGAUGUUGGUUUGCGUCAUUGGAGGACUUAUAG